AUCUAGUCGCCCCCUUCCUGCCUCCUUUCUGUCUCUCCCCACCCUGUCUUCUCUCAUCUCCAUGCCACCCACCCCCACUCCCACCCAUCCAAAGGGCAAAGAGCAAAGACACUCGGGAAAGCCAAGGGCUAGCUCUAUCUCCUCGAGUAGACCGAGGCCGCAGGCAGGGAUUGCGCUGUGAGAGAGACAAGCUUUCAGCGAGAUACAGAUAAAGAGAAAUGCAGAAAGGGACCCGGGCUCUCGGGAAUCGGGGAGCUUGCCACUGAAGGAAGAGCACCAAGAUCUUUGAUCAGGCCAUCCAGGUCCUGGGACACUUGCACAGCCUGCCUGCCAUCCGGGGCAAGCACAGAGAGCAGUGGUCCUGAGCCCACGGUCUCCAGCUUCACCGCGCUAGGUGCGCGCUCGGCUCUCCAAUCGCUAUGCAGCGACCAUUUCCCUCUAAGUCUAAAGGUGGACCACUCUGAAAGGAUUACAGGCGUGAUUUGGUAGCCUUUCUAAAAGUUGGUGGCUGGAAGAGGGGAAGAUACUGGGCGACAGAAUGACGGAUACAAUGCAGCCUCGCGGAGAGUUUGCCCCUCCCGCUGAGAAGCCCCUUGGAGCGAACCUCGGAGAUCCUGAGCGCUCUGCACCAUAGGCUUGUAAUCAACCAGGAAUGAUGAGGCCAACCAUAGCUGAAAUGCUUCACAGAGGGAGAAUGCUGUGGAUAAUUCUUCUAAGCACAGUUGCUCUAGGAUGGACUACGCCAAUUCCCCUGAUUGAGGACUCAGAAGAAAUAGAUGAGCCCUGCUUUGAUCCAUGCUACUGCGAGGUUAAGGAAAGCCUCUUUCACAUACAUUGUGACAGCAAGGGAUUUACAAACAUUAGUCAGAUUACUGAGUUCUGGUCAAGACCUUUUAAACUGUAUCUUCAGAGGAAUUCGAUGAGAAGACUAUACACAAACAGUUUUCUUCACUUGAAUAAUGCUGUGUCCAUUAACCUUGGGAACAAUGCAUUGCAGGACAUUCAAACUGGAGCAUUUAAUGGCCUUAAGAUUUUAAAGAGACUGUAUCUCCAUGAGAACAAACUAGAUGUCUUCAGAAAUGACACCUUCCUUGGCUUAGAAAGUCUGGAAUAUCUGCAGGCAGAUUACAAUGUCAUUAAACGUAUAGAGAGUGGGGCAUUUCGGAACCUAAGUAAAUUGAGGGUUCUAAUCUUAAAUGAUAAUCUCAUCCCCGUGCUUCCAACCAAUUUAUUUAAAGCUGUCUCCUUAACGCAUCUGGACCUUCGUGGGAACAGGUUAAAGGUUCUCUUCUACCGUGGGAUGCUGGAUCACAUUGGCAGAAGCCUGAUGGAGCUCCAGCUAGAAGAGAAUCCUUGGAACUGUACCUGUGAGAUAGUACAGCUGAAGAGUUGGCUGGAGCGAAUACCUUACACAGCCCUGGUGGGAGACAUCACCUGUGAGACACCUUUCCAUUUCCAUGGGAAGGAUCUCCGUGAAAUCAAGAAGACUGAACUCUGUCCACUGUUGUCUGACUCUGAGGUGGAGGCCAGUCUGGGGAUUCCCCACUUAUCAUCAAGCAAGGAGAAUGCCUGGCCAACUAAACCUUCCUCUAUGUUGUCUUCUGUCCAUUUUACUGCUUCAUCUGUUGAAUAUAAGUCCUCUAAUAAGCAACCAAAACCCACCAAACAGCCCAGAACACCGAGACCACCUUCGACAUCCCAGGCUUUAUAUCCUGGUCCAAAUCAACCUCCUAUUGCUCCCUAUCAGACUAGACCACCCAUUCCCAUUAUAUGUCCUACUGGGUGUACAUGCAAUUUGCAUAUCAAUGACCUUGGCUUGACUGUCAACUGCAAAGAACGAGGGUUUAACAACAUCUCUGAACUCCUUCCAAGGCCCUUGAAUGCCAAGAAGCUGUACCUCAGCAGCAAUCUUAUUCAGAAGAUAUACCGCUCUGAUUUUUGGAAUUUUUCUUCUUUGGAUCUCUUGCACCUAGGGAACAAUCGCAUUUCCUACGUCCAGGAUGGGGCUUUCAUCAACCUGCCCAACCUGAAGAGUCUCUUUCUCAAUGGCAACGAUAUAGAAAAGCUGACUCCAGGUAUGUUCCGAGGUCUGCAGAGCUUGCAUUACCUGUACUUCGAAUUCAACGUCAUCCGGGAAAUCCAACCUGCAGCCUUCAGCCUCAUGCCCAACUUGAAGCUGCUAUUUCUCAACAAUAACUUGCUGAGGACUCUGCCAACGGAUGCCUUUGCAGGCACAUCCCUGGCUCGGCUCAACCUGAGGAAGAACUACUUUCUCUAUCUGCCAGUGGCUGGUGUCCUUGAACACCUGAAUGCCAUUGUGCAGAUAGAUCUCAACGAGAAUCCUUGGGACUGCACUUGUGACUUAGUCCCCUUUAAGCAGUGGAUCGAAACCAUCAGCUCAGUCAGCGUGGUAGGUGAUGUACUCUGUAGGACCCCCGAGAACCUCACCCACCGUGAUGUUCGCACUAUUGAGCUGGAAGUUUUAUGCCCAGAGAUGCUGCAUAUUGCCCAACCUGGACCAUCUCCACCCCAGCCUGGAGAUUACCACCCUAACGGGGGACCAACAAGUGCAUCACCUUAUGAGUUCUCUCCUCCAGGGGGCCCUGUGCCACUUUCUGUGUUGAUUCUCAGCCUCUUGGUUCUGUUCUUCUCAGCUGUCUUUGUUGCUGCAGGCCUCUUUGCCUAUGUGCUCCGUCGGCGUAGGAAGAAGCUGCCCUUUAGAAGCAAGAGGCAAGAAGGUGUGGACCUUACAGGAAUCCAGAUGCAAUGCCACCGUCUGUUUGAGGACAGUGGAGGCAACAGUGGUGGGAGUGGAGGUGGAGGGCGACCAACUCUGUCUUCGCCAGAGAAAGCCCCUCCCGUGGGUCACGUGUACGAGUAUAUACCCCACCCAGUAACUCAGAUGUGUAACAAUCCCAUCUAUAAGCCUCGAGAGGAGGAAGAAGUGGCUGCCUCAGCAGCCCAGGACACAGGAGCUACAGACCGUGGAGGUCCUGGGACACAACCAACAGGAAUGGCUGAGGUGCUCUUAGGAAGUGAGCAGUUUGCAGAAACACCCAAGGAGAACCACAGUAACUACCGGACCUUGCUGGAAAAAGAGAAGGAGUGGGCUCUGGCUGUUUCCAAUUCUCAACUUAACACCAUAGUGACGGUGAACCAUCACCACCCUCACCCUCACCAAUCGGCAGUUGGUGGGGUUUCAGGGGUAGGUGGAGGGACUGGGGGAGACUUGGCUGGGUUCCGCCACCACGAGAAGAAUGGUGGGGUGGUGCUGUUUCCCCCUGGGGGAGGUUGUGGUGGUGGCAGUCUGCUACUAGACCGUGAGAGGCCACAGCCUGCUCCGUGCACAGUGGGAUUUGUGGACUGUCUCUAUGGCACAGUGCCCAAAUUAAAGGAACUCCAUGUCCACCCCCCUGGCAUGCAAUAUCCAGACUUACAGCAGGAUGCCAGGCUCAAAGAAACCCUUCUCUUCUCAGCUGGAAAGGGCUUCACAGACCACCAAACCCCCAAAAGUGAUUACCUCGACUUAAGGGCCAAACUUCAAACUAAGCCGGAUUACCUCGAAGUUCUGGAGAAAACAGCAUACAGGUUCUAACCGAAAGAAGAAUAUAAAUUAGUGGCUUUGUUUUGAUUUCCAAAAGAAAAAGGAAAAUAAAAAGAAAUAUAUCCCCGGCUCCCAUUAUACUUGUCCCAAUAACUACAUCCUUACAGUUUCCCCUGCCUAGGACAGAACUGAAACGCAUGAUAACUAGAGAAUACAAAAGUGUGCUCCCCCCUCUCAGAUGUGAUUUUGAGGAAGGGCCAUACUCAGAUCAUUAAUCAAUGAAGUGCCUUCGCAGACUUUUGCCAGCAAAUGUUAUCAUUAUUUUUUAUACUGAAACUCGAGACUUUGACUGUGCCAUGUGUGAGGUAUACCGGGGAUCGGUGUAUUGAUCCUAAAUGAGUAAACUUCAAUGUGUCUUUUUA